AUGCUGGUUUUAGAAAAAUAUAAAAAAAACAAAGGUUUUCCGUACAAACCAACCCACGCGGUUAAAAUUAAUACGCCAAAGUCAAAGUCAAAUUUCGCAUUUUUAUACUUCUACUAUCAAUUUUGUGGCGAUGCGAUGUCUUUUAUAUCGCUCCCUCGACCUUUCAGGGCAAAAAAUAGCCAGACCAGAAUAGGGUUAACUAGAUUUUCUGUUUUUGAUAUUCAAAAGCAGUUCAACAAACAUGAACUUACUGAACUUUUAAAGGUGCAUUUUCGUGAAGAAAAAUUUUGCAAUGUUUUGAUGGUUAAUACAAACUUUUGCCGUAAUUUUUAUGUAUUUGCUAAUUUAUGUGGAAUUCUCACACAAUGGUCUUCGUAUGGUGUAUGCUCUGCUACCUGUCAAUCAGGCCUUCAAGCUCCAAUUCAACAGAGAACACGUAGUUGUGUAGGAGCUACAUUUGGAGGAAAUUGUAAUGGUGCUUUAUUAGUUCAACAUGCUAACUGUAACGUAGAAGUAGCUUGCCCAGGUUCACUAACGCAAUGGUUCCAAUGGGGUGCUUGCAGCGAAAACUGUCAUAGCAAUCCAAAUGUGGCGCCUACAAGAUCACGGACUAGACAAUGCCUAGGUGCCACUUUUGGUGGGAACUGUGGUGGUGCAAGUCUUACAAUGGCAGGAACAUGUAAUGUUGGAAUAGGUUGUCAAGCAUUCAUUAAUCAAAACUUCAUUUCAAAUAAAAUGCUAGGUCAAUGGUCUAACUGGGGUGCGUAUGGUGGCUGUUUUGAAACCUGUCAAUCAAAUGUUAACACAGCCCCUACUCAAUCCAGAAGAAGAACUUGUAAUGGUGGAACCUUUGGAACAACUUGUCCUGGAAAUGGCGUAGACACACGAGAUUGUAGCGUUGGAAUUGCAUGUCCAGGAAGUCUUACUCAAUGGUCUGGGUAUGGUGUAUGCUCUGCUACCUGUCAAUCAGGCGUUCAAGCUCCAACACAAGAGAGAACACGUAGUUGUGUAGGAGCUACAUUUGGAGGAAAUUGUAAUGGUGCUUUAUUGGUGCAAAAUUCUGACUGUAACGUAGAAGUAGCUUGCCCAGGUUCACUAACGCAAUGGUUCCAAUGGGGUGCUUGCAGCGAAAACUGCCAUAGCAAUCCAAAUGUUAUGCCUACAAGAUCAAGGUUUAGACAAUGUCUAGGUGCCACAUUUGGUGGGAACUGUGGUGGUGCAAGUCUUACAAUGACCGGAACAUGUAAUGUUGGAAUAGGUUGUCAAGGUCAAUGGUCUAACUGGAGUGGUUAUGGUAGCUGUAGUGAAACCUGUCAUUCAAAUGUUAAUACACCCCCUAAUCAGUUCAGAACAAGAACCUGUGUUGGUGGAACUUUUGGAACAACUUGUCCUGGUAGUGGCGUAGACACACGAGAUUGUAGUGUUGAAGUAGCAUGUCCAGGGAUUCUCUCUCAGUGGUCAGCGUAUGGUACAUGCUCUGCUAAUUGUAGAUUAUGCUUUGCUGAUCCACCUCCGACUCAACAGAGAACACGUGUUUGUGUAGGUGCUACGUUUGGAGGAAGUUGUAAAGGUGCUGCAUUGGUUGAAACUAUUGACUGUAACGUAGAUGUAGCUUGCCAAGCUCUGACACUGUUACCAUGGGCUCAAUGGGGUGCAUGCAAUGAAAAUUGUCAAAGCAAUCCAAAUGUUUCACCUACAAGAACAAGGACUAGGCAAUGUGGUUUUUUUGGUGAAAGCUGUAAUUUUACUAGUGCAUGCUUUACAAUGACCGGAGCAUGUAAUGUUGGAGUGGGUUGUCAAGGAUGCAAAUGUCUGAUUAAAAUACUUAAUUUUGAAUUUCAUCAUCGAAUUUUAAAUGAUGAAAUAGUAAAAAUUACCAGAAAGUGA